AUGUUUUGGAGAAAAGAGAGUUCAGUAAAAUUAUCGAAUGAAUUACAUAGUAGCGAUAAGUCCCAAGUCUACCUGGUUACAGAAUUGAACAAGGAUGAAUAUCGUCAUCGAUUAGACGCCCUUGAUCUGAUGCGCGAAAUCUUAAAUGAAGAAAAGAUUAAUCUACCUGAGAUUGUUGUCGCUGGUGAUCAAUCUGUUGGAAAAUCAAGUGUUCUUGAAGCACUCUCUGGUAUUCAAUUGCCAAGAGCACAAAACAUAUGUACGCGAUGUCCACUAGAAUUACGUUUAAAAAAUUCAAUGAAUGAUGCUGAAUAUGCAACAAUUAGAUGUAAAGGAGAAGAGGAAGAGAAAAUAACAGAUCUUGAUGAUAUUUCUCAGUAUGUAAAGCGUCUAACACAAACAUUAGCUGGUGAUGGAGUAAAUGUCAGUUCAGAUCCAAUUUAUUUAACCGUAUACAAACAAAAUAUACCAGAUUUAACACUGAUCGAUUUACCUGGUAUAACACGAAAUCCAUUACCCGGUCAAUCGAAAGAUAUCUAUAAGCAAAUAAUCACUCUGAUCGACAAAUAUAUUCAGCCCGAGACGGCCAUUGUUCUACAUGUUAUACCAGCUUCCGUUGAUUUUACGACAUCAGAAUCGGUCAAAAUAUCGAAAAACUACGAUCCUGAGGGGAAAAGGCAACUGAUUGCUGUUAGCAAAAUCGAUAAGUUUGAUAAAGGUAUUGGUGAAAAACUCCAAGGCAAAGGACCUGGCAGUAUGAAACUCGAAUUUGGAUGCGUAGCAGUCUUGAAUCGAUCACCAGAAGAAAUUGAAGAAGAAAUUAGUUUUGAAGAAAUGAAACAACGGGAAAAAGCUUUUUUUAAAAAGAAUCAUCAUGCUUUUCAUCAAGUGCCAGAGGAGCUUCUAGGCAGCGAUCAAUUGGUGAAAAAAUUAGCUGACAUUCAACAAGACAUCAUUCGGUCAACAUUUCCUAAGAUAAUCGAAGAGAUUAAACAAAAACUUCGAGAAAAAAAAAUCGAAUUAAGUGCCCUACCAGUGGCUAUUACAUCUGAAUUAGAAUGUUGGACAAAGUUCAAUGAAUUAACCACUUUAUAUAGAAUUGCUAUCAACACUAAAGUAAAUGGCGAGUAUGGAAAUGAACCAAUGAAUGAUCUCAGAACAGUGAAUGUAUUUAAUUUUGAUGAAAAAGAAUCGAUUUACUGGGAAAAUAAAUUAACAUUGCCAUCUGAACAGCCACCGACCAAACAUGUAACAGAUGAACGAAUUGCUUAUCACUUUUAUAAAUUCCAAGUGGAUUGUCAAAAUAAAAUUCAAUCAUGUUUUGCUGAUUUUUUUCAUCCAAUAUAUUGUGAAAAAGUUUUAAAAUUAUUAGAAGAAACAGCUGGUGUCUCAUUACCAAAUUUUCCAUCAUUUCAAGUAAUAAGCCGUUUAUAUCAACAAGAAAAAUAUAGAUUACGUACACCAUGUUUAGAAUUAGUUAAACGUUCAAAAGAAUAUUUAAAAACUAUAUUAAUUCGAUUAUUUGAUAAAGUAUUUACAACUGUAAAUUAUCCACGUUUAUCUGAACGUUUAAAAGAUUUAAUAUUAGAUCAUAUUGAUACAGCUGAAGAAAAAUGUUUUGAACGUGUCAAUGAAAUGCUCGAUAUUGAAGAACGUGUAUUUACAUUAAAUCAUUAUUAUAUGGAUACAGUAAAUAAAAUAAAAUUAAAACAAAAGAAAUAUGAGGAAGACAAUGAAUUUCCAGAUGGAACGAAUAAAAAUGGACAAUCCGAUGAUGCAAUUUAUAAAAUUGAUAAUACAAAAAUAAAUUUUGCUGAAGUAUCAAAUGAAAAGAUGGCUGCAUUCGAUAUACAAAUUGCAAUGUUUUCUUAUUGUAAAGUUGUUCAAAAACGUGUAUGUGAUAAUGUUGCACAAUAUUGUUAUUAUUAUUUUAUAACAAAAUGUGCUUUAGUUAUAGAUACAAAGCUAAAUACAUCGUGUAUAUCGGCUGAUUUAUUUAAACUAAUGAUUGAACCAGCAGAGAUAACGAAAAAACGAAAUAAAUUAGAAGAAAGCAUACGAAAAUUUGCAGAGGCAUUAAGAGUAGGACAAGAAAGUAUGUGA